AUGUUGUCGGCUCGCCCAAUGCCCGCUGACGUGGAAAUUCGCGAUGUUUGGGAUACGAAUCUAGACGAAACAAUGAAGACAAUUCGUGAGGUGGUGACAAAGGGCUGCUACGUAGCCAUGGAUACUGAGUACCCUGGUGUCGUGGCACGUCCUAUUGGGUCCUUCGCGACGUCGACAGACUAUCAGUAUCAGACAUUGCGUUGCAACGUCGACUUGCUUCGAAUCAUUCAAUUAGGUGUGGCAUUUUUCAACGAGGAUGGUUCGUACAUGGAAGAUUUGCCGGUAUGGCAGUUUAAUUUUAAGUUUAGUCUAAGCGAGGACAUGUACGCGCAAGACUCGAUUGAAAUCCUCAAGCAGGCUGGAAUUGACUUUGCCAAGCAUGAGGAAAAAGGAAUUGAAGUGGCCAGAUUUGGAGAAUUGUUAGUACCCUCGGGGCUCGUACUAGGCGACCACGUCAAGUGGGUCUCAUUUCACGGCUCAUCGGACUUUGGCUACCUGCUUAAAGUACUUACGUGCGCCCCAUUACCAGCUGAAGAAGACACGUUUUUUGACUUAUUAAACACGUACUUUCCAGCAACUUUUGAUCUAAAGCACGUGGGUAUGGACUUUGACAAGGUGGGAGGACUGAGCCGCUUGGCUGAGGAUCUCAAAGUGGAGAGAAUAGGUACAAUGCACCAGGCUGGGUCUGAUGCACUGCUUACGGCCGCUACGUUCUUCAAGAUGGUUGAGGUCUUUUUUGAGGGCAACGUUGAGAAUGCAGCAAAGUAUUCGGGUCAUCUGUAUGGACUGGGCAACAGCAUCGCAAACUUGGGUCAAUAA